AUGGCGGGCGAACAGCAGAAGGUGCCAGAAGAUAGUAAGAAUGGCAUCUCUGCUGUGCCUCCCUCUAGUGGAGGAAUGCAGACUUUUGCACCAUUGGCGUUUGACGAAAGUUUAAUGGCACCCGCUAGUGCUUUAGAGAUUCCAAAUUCAAGUGAAUCCAUGACCAACAGCAAGUCUGCAGCUGAUUUCUUUCUUGACCAAAUUGCAGCUGUCGUUUCGGAUGAGAAGAAGCUCUCAGAUAAUAUUAUGGAUUUGAUCCCACCUGUAGAAGCACCAAUGACUCAAGGAGAAGCAGUGACACAGAUGAUUACACCAACUGCCUUGUCCAUUGGUAUGCCACUACAGCCUCCUCCUGAUCUUAUAAUGCGCGCUUUAUCACCACCCACGUCGCUUUUGCCUGACUUCGGUGAUGUGACGUCUUUGUCUUUGCUUGGGGAUGCGACUUCAGCAGCCGCGACACCAACCAUGACGACUAUCACGACAGCAGUGAAGCGCGAGCUUUCAAUGGUAAAGCCUGCAGUCGCAGAAACACCAGGGUCAAUAAGGAAAAAAGCAGAGGUGGCGACAGCAGCUAGUAUCAUUCAAAAAAAGCAAAAGGUAGACGAUAUUAAGCCAGAUACUGUUGUAAGUGCAGCCACAGCAGUGGUGCACCAACCAAUUGUUCAACAAGCUCGACAAAAUUAUCAUAACUCAAACAACCCAUUGUCAGUUGCAGCAGCUGCCGCUGCAGCUCGCGAAAAAGUGAUGAAGGAACCUCAGUCUGGCGAUUUAUACGAGUGUGUUAUUACUAAGCGAAAUGGCGGACUUGGGUUAACACUUGCAUGCGUGGAUGACCACGUUCAGAUCACAGGACUCGCACCAGAUACACCCGCAGCCAGUAGUGGUAUUUGCGUUGGAGACACACUUGUCGCUGUGUCUGGGCUGCCCGUGCGUGGACUUCAGUUUUCUACCGUGAUUGGUCGGCUCAAGUCGACAUCAAGAAACUCGGUGGUACUUAAGCUUCGUCGAAACCCUUUCCGACAAAAUGCUGGAAAUAUAACUUCGUCUCGCGGAAAUAAGCGACCGUGUCGCGGCGGAUUAACAGGUUCAGAUAGCAGCAACAGUGCCAAUGUACUGACAAGUAAGACCAUGGCUUUAGAAUCACGGUUAGGUGGGGGGAUGGGAAAUGGUUCGAACGGCUCUGCAAGUGUUGCUUCCAACAAUUCCCAUGAAGCAAGCGUUGGAACCGAUGAUCUCCACCGUACACAUUACCAAGGAGGUAGUGGACUUGUGAGUCAUGCCUCGAGUCUUCAUGAGCAGCACCUACAAUUGUACUCGAAAGCAGAGCCAUUAAACUCGACGUAUUUUCCAACAGAUGCAUCUAUUCUCACAAUGGGAGCGACAAGUGCUGGUGCUGUGCCUCCUAGUGUCUUUGCGCCUUCGUCAUUAUUUCCUAGCGAUUCACAGGUCGGCUGGCGAGUAAAUUGCGUGGAAAAAGAGCGAUAUUAUGCCGAGUGUCGCGCUUUACGUCAUGAGCUGGGCAGAGCCAUGGUAGCACAACAAAUACAGAAGCGGGAUACAAAGAUGUAUACGUCACAGAUACAAGCAGUCAUCGACAAGUUUCAAGAUCAAGUUCGAGAAUUGUCUGUAAUGUCAUCAAGUGUUGGGAUAGAAGGUGCAGUAAAUUGUGAUGAGCUUGGAACACUUCGUCAGAAAUUAGUAGAGGCGAACCAGAAGCUGGCACAGCAACACACGGAUAUGCUAGUCUUAAAAGAACGUGAGUCGCGGCAUGCACUGCCAGAAGCUCAGCGCAUCAAAUGGCAACUUGUGUCUUACUUGCGAAAAAGUGUGCUUCAGAUUGACUGUAAAUCAGCAGUAAAACAGACGUCCACUUCAGCGGUCUCCAAGGGCAAUUUAACACCAUUAAGUUUUGAGAAGCGACUAGAUGGAGUCCGUCCAAGUACAUUUACCUUGUUAAUGGGACGAAACUGCGAGCAGAGUGAUGGUCCAACUAUAGAAUUGGAGCUGAAUGCUAAGAUGUGCACUGAGUUGCUUGGCUGGAACAUGCGAGAAGUUGUGGUCCAAGCAGGAGCAAGAUUUAUUGUAAGUGUCGAUGGUAGCAUACUCGUCAAAUACUUGCAACGGGAGGAAGUGCUUGCCGUCUCUUGGACUCUACGUGUAAACGAGAGCAACAAGGACGAUAAUUGCACGUUGAGCUUGCGCAACUGCACAUAG